UAAUCGGCUACUGCUCUUCUGGCCACAGUCUUUAGUCCGGACUUUGGUCACACAAAAUUACACGAAGUGUUUACUAUAACUGUGCGCAGGUGCGCUGACUACGUUCAGGUUCAACGAACUGCAAGUCUCCAACCUGGACCCAAGAUCCAAGAUUUACGGCAACGUUCCGGCACGCAGAUUUGAUUCUUGGCCCUGCAUGGUCAAUAUUCCUCGUCAUUCGGUUAUUUUUUCUCUACUUCCGCCAACUUGCAUAUCUUAUGAACGAUACGAUCUGACGCUUGCUUCCCUUCACUGCCGUCUACUGCCAUUCUCAAAUCACCAGUCGCUUUCUAUAUGCUUGCCUCAUUAUCUACCUUUCCACCUCUACCAGCAUCCGAGGGCUGCAAAGAAGAUGACCCUCACUAUCCUUUAGGCCUCACUCAAGAAGAAAAACAAUGGUCUGACCUGUACCCUUAUGUCGAACGACGAGGGUAUCGGUUACGCUCACGAUACCGUCCUGGCUGGGUCGGUUCAUGGAUCAAAGAUGGAAUUUCGACAUCAGAAUUGUUGAUGCGGCCAACCUGGAAGUAUGAAUACGAUGAUGCGGAACCGUCCACUGGCCGGCUGACCGUCAUUGACGCUAUACGGAUUAGCGAUGGUGCCUUGGUCGCCCUCAAACUUAUCUCCAUGUCCACUCACAUAAAUACCCCGGAUUCAAACGAGAUAGAGAUUCUGCAAUAUUUAUCCUCACCAGCACUUGCCCGCAACCCUCGCAAUCACUGUAUCCAGAUGAUAGAUUCCUUCGAAGUGUUUACGCCUGCCGAGAUGAAGCAACUCAGCACCCAAGGUUUCUCCAACGCCUUUAUCGCCGUGUUUCCGUAUGCGAGGAAAUGGAACGAUAUACCGUUCAGAUUGGUCUGGGAGGCAUUGGAAUUCGUGAGGCAAAUAUUACAGGGACUGACUUUUCUCCACGAACACAAUAUUGCCCAUCGGGAUAUACGCUCUGAAAACCUCAUGAUGGAUGCAUCAAGCCAAUGUUUUUCUGCAACCAAUCCUUCUGAUCGCAUCGAAACUCCCGUCCGCUACUUCCUCAUCGACCUCGGUUCCAGUACCAGAUUCCAGAAACGCCGCCUGGUCAACUUCCGUCAUGGAUGGCAUAAAGGAAUUCCGGAGAUUUACGAGAUGGAUGCUGAGGGGAGUCGGGCGCCUACGAAAUUAUACGACCCGUUCAAGGGUGAUGUAUUCGUACUCGGAAUGAUCCUAGAGGGAUUUUUCGGUAAAUCGAUCCCUUCACUUCGAUCACUAUUCUCAUUCAUGCAAAAUGUCUCUCCUCAUCGUCGACCGACAGCCUCUGAAGCCCUCUCCCUCUUUCACGAAUGCACAAAACCUUUGUAUGCCUCCCGAAUGUAUUUAAUCAUGCGAGAUGGAUGGUACAAAUUGUAGCGUUUUUGUGGGGAUGGGUCGAUUAUCUGAGAUUGGUGUAUAAGGUGCUGUGGAGGGGGCAUGCGUUGAGGAUCGGAACAUGAUCGAGGGAAGGAGCCUUUGUAGGUGCCUCCAUGGGUGGUGGAUAAUGUUGGCUUGUACAAGCUGGGAAGCAGGACAAUAUGGAGGGGCGCUCCCCGAUAUGGUCGCUAGAUUCAAGGCUAUUGAUCACCUUACUGAUCGUUCACAUAUUCGUACUAGUAUCAACCUUAGGACUGUAAAUUAUCUUACGCUCAUAUGCAUGUAAUCCAGAGGUAAUCACAGGUGAAUCAGAGUCCAUGUAGAGAAUUAUGUAGAAAAUA